CUCUUCGCUUCCCCACUGGUCCACUUUCCCCUUCUCUUUUAAGCCCUCCACGCAGCUCCGCCCCUUCCAGGGAGGCCGCCCCGCACAGGCCUCUAGGCUACUGCGGACCUCGUUCCGUGAAGCUAUCCCGUUCUUCUCCGCGUACCUGUUUCCGCUUUCCACAGCUGUCUGGUUCUUCCGCCACUGAGACACUUCGCGCAGAGGGCUUCAGUGACGUCAUCUUUCUGCGCCGUGCGGACACCCGCCGGUGGAAGGAGGAAAGGCUCCACCGCCCUUCGCUUUGUUGGGCUGCUACUCUCUCAAAGUCAUGGCGCCAUCGCUGUGGAAGGGGCUGGUGGGCAUCGGCCUCUUUGCACUAGCCCACGCCGCUUUUUCCGCUGCGCAGCAUCGUUCUUAUAUGCGAUUAACAGAAAAGGAAGAUGAAUCACUGCCAAUAGAUAUAGUUCUUCAGACACUUCUGGCCUUUGCAGUUACCUGUUAUGGUAUAGUUCAUAUUGCAGGGGAGUUUAAAGACAUGGAUGCCACUUCAGAACUAAAAAAUAAGACAUUUGAUACAUUAAGGAAUCACCCAUCCUUUUAUGUAUUUAACCAUCGCGGUCGUGUACUGUUCCGGCCUUCGGAUACAACCAGUUCUUCAAACCAAGAUGCGUUGUCCUCUAACACAUCAUUGAAGUUACGAAAACUCGAAUCACUGCGUCGUUAACAUUUUUACAAAUUAUAGCAAUAGGACAGGACACAGAGCUGAAAUAUUGAAUUUGGGGUAUAAAACACUCCCCUCCAUCAGUACUUUUUUAAAAAACCCAUAGCACUUAUUUGUACGCUGUUAAUCAAGUCAUUAAGCAGUAUAAGUUAUCUGUGAAAUGAGUCUUUGAUCUUUCUUGUAAAGAAUUUUUCUUUCAUUUGAAACAAAUUCAUGUCUUUUGUAAAAGUCACUGUUUUGAAAACAUUGAAAAAUGUUGGGGUUUUUUGUGAUUAUUUAUUUUCUUAGAUUUCCUUUCUUUUGCACUAC